AUGAAGUCCCUUGCCGUCCUUGCUCUGGCCACAACCGUCGUGGCUCAGAACUUUGACGCAUGCACAGAUGCCGGGCAAGCUUUCUGUGACGGCGGCUCCCUGGCUACCGAGUCCAUAAUCCAGUGCACUGGACCAGGCGUGGGCACAGUGUCCCGCUGCAGAGAUGCUCUCAUCAGCCAGGGCGUAGAACCCGCUGAGGUUUCCCAGUGCUACCAGACCUCUGCCCAAUCCGGAGAUGCCGGUUGCGAGAGAGAUUGUGUCGUCUUCAACUCGGUGUCUUCUUUUACGCUUGACUCCUCCGUCUGUACCCCUGGCCGUCCUCAACAGCCUGAUAGGCCUAGUUCUGGUGGCCCCGCUCCCACUGGUGCUCCCGGAGGCGGUGCUCCGGGUGGAGGUGCUCCUGGUGGAGGUGCUCCUGGUGGUGGUGCUCCUGGUGGUGGUGCUCCUGGUGGAGGUGCUCCUGGAGGUGGUGCUCCGGGAGGUGGCGCUCCGGGAGGUGGCGCUCCCGGAGGUCCCGGAGGUGGCGAUGGUGAAGAACCUCCCCGCCAACCUCCCGGCCCCCCACCCUCUGAAGGCGGCGGCGGAGGCGGUGGUGGUCCCGGCCCAGCCCCCACUUCUGCCCCAGGUGGAGGUCCCAACGGCCCGGGAGGCGGUCGCCCCACCGAAAGUGGUUCCGGACGCCCCGGCCCUACGAGCGGCGAAGGCGGCGAGCGACCCACCCGCUCCGGCGCUCCCGGUGGACCACCAGGUGAAGGAAUGACCACCGCCACUCGAUCUGGCCCCCCCGGGGGAGCUCCGACCACCACCGGCAGGGGUCCUGGCGGAGGUGGGAACUCGACUGUUACGUCGAGGCCGAGCUCUACUUUUUCGGCGGUGCCGGCUGGCGCGGAAGUUGUUAGGGCGGGAGGAAUUGUGGCUUUCUUGGGAUUCGUUGCUGCCUUGCUUGUUUAG